CUCCUUGGAAGAGUCUAAAAAGGAUGCAUAGAGGAAAAGAUGUUUUUCGGGAAAUCUAAGUAAGUGUACAAUAGGCAGACUGGGAACUGGUGGGUAGGGGGGCAGCAACUGGGGCUCAAGGGGGUGCUCUGGGCGCCUAAACUUGGAGCGUCCCUCCCCGCGCGCUGCAGACACCGCUGGAUUCCUAAAGGGGACGCUGGAGCAGUGGGCACAAGACCACCCAAACAGGGCUGGAAUAGGAGCUCCUAGUACGGCCCGUGCGGGUGUGUGGACUCUUCGGGGUCCUUCCUGUAAUCUCCUCGGGAUCCAAAGUCCAGAGGCUGUCCGCCCUUGAGAAGCCCCACCCUCUCUUACAGAGUGCUAUAAAUCCAAUUCCUGAGCGCUCCGCAGUGCAAGCAAUCCUCGAGGUACCUCUAGGAAGUGCGACCAGCAGACUCUCGAGCCUCACGAUGGUCAAUGCUAAGAGCUGGAUCCUGAAGAAGCACUUUCAGGGCAGCCCUACUCAGAGUGACUUUGAGUUGAAGACUACUGAGCUCCCACCCUUAAAAAAUGGAGAGAUCCUGCUUCAAGCCUUAUUUCUCUCUGUGGACCCUUACAUGAGAAUGGCAUCCAAAAAGAUCAAGGCGGGUGACAUGAUGAUGGGGGAACAAGUGGCCAAAGUUGUGGAAAGUAAAAACUCAGCCUUCCCAAAAGGAACUAUUGUACUGGCUCUUGCAGGCUGGACAACACACUUCAUUUCUGAUGGGAAAGGACUGGAAAAACUGCCUACAUGGUGGCCAGAUACAUUAUCACUGUCUUUGGCCCUGGGGACAAUUGGCAUGCCAGGCAUAACUGCUUACUUUGGCCUGCUGGACAUCUGUGGUGCGAAGAGUGGAGACACGGUGCUGAUUAAUGCAGCAGCAGGAGCCGUCGGCUCUAUUGUGGGGCAGAUAGCUAAACUCAAGGGCUGCAAAGUUGUUGGAGCUGCGGGGUCUGAUGCGAAGGUUGCCUUUCUUAAACAAGUUGGAUUUGAUGUUGCUUUUAACUACAAGACAGUCGACUCUUUGGAAGAUGCAUUGAGAAAAGCCUCCCCUGAUGGUUAUGAUUGCUAUUUUGAUAAUGUAGGUGGCGAGUUCUCGAACACUGUUAUACCCCAGAUGAAGGAAUUUGGAAGAGUUGCAGUCUGUGGGGCCAUCUCUGUGUAUAACCGCACCGGCCAAAUGCCCCCAGGUCCACCCCCAGAGAUUUUCAUCUAUAAGCAACUCCGUGUGGAAGCGUUCGUGUUCACCAGGUGGCAAGGGGAGGUCCGUGAGAAAGCCCUGAAAGAGUUGAUGAAAUGGACUGUAGAAGGCAAAAUCCAGUAUCGUGAACACAUUGUCAAAGGAUUUGAAAACAUGCCAGCUGCAUUUAUGGGACUGCUGAAAGGUGAAAACUUGGGGAAAGCCGUUGUGGAAGCAUGAGAAAUUGGCAGAUGAAUCAUCAUAGCAUGAUGAGGAUGACUACUUACGCUUUCACUACUCAGUAAGAAUGUAUACUAUCCAAAUAAUCUAAGAAAUAGAAUGAUGUAGUCAAUUAAAUACAUUUAAGUUGUCUGUAAUUAGUCACAAAUAAUGUUAAGUUUCAUAGUGAACCACAGCCAGCGGUUCACUACCUGCUACAUCUUUUUCUGAUUUUUGACAACAAAUAAUAGCAUUGGAAUCUGUGUUAGUUUUCCAUUAUUGUAACAAAUCUUAGAUAGGAAGAUUCAGUACCUGAAAGAUGUUGGUUCUGUUAAUCCAUUCUGGCAUCAUAAAGCAGAAUAAUCAGAUAAAUCUCUACAAUGAAACAAUUGGGCAAUAACCUUGGAAAGAUGUAAUAAGCUACCAGUAUGUGUUCAAGGAAGAGAAGGGAGGAAUGCCAGCAGGACGAGGAAAAAAGAAAAACUUUAUACUGUAUUAACUCUUGUGCUGUUUGAUUUCUGAUUCUUAUGUACAAAUUUGCUAACAAAUAAAAUUAAAU